CCUUAAAAAAAAGCAGCCAGUCCUCCUCCUCUAAACUCGGAGAAAAGCCUUUGUACGAGCAGCUGGACGCAGAGCUGAGCGCUGAGAUCCGACAUGAGGCUGGGAACUCUGCUUUGCUUGUUGGGUUUCGUGUUUGUGUCGGACUGCGCGCCUCCGACCUGCUACUCCAGAGCGCUGAGCCUGAGCAAGGAGACCAUGACGCUCCUGGAGAGAAUACACACCUACCAUCGCACUAAAACGUGUGCUGAGGUUCUACCCACGAUCUUCCUUGAUGUGCAUAACUCCUGCAUCACCACCAAGCUGCGGGACUUUCUGUACGUGGUGCUGAACCAUCCCAACCAGUACUGCAGAGAGCGACCCAGAAUGGUGCUGCUGAAACGUAAAAUCCAGAACCUCUACACCAUCAUCACCAAACUGUGUUAUCGGGACUUGGUGUUUUUCACAGAUGACUGCGACGCCAUUGACACUGGUCACAGCAGCCCUCACUAUGCAGAGGACAGGCUUCAGCUGCUGCAAGAGGAGAGAUGAGCAGGCAACAGAUGUACACUGGGCUGCAUUCAUUUAAACAAAAAAAACAAAACCCUGUAGUAUGUAGAAUGGUAAAGCAUGCACAAUAAACACCACAGCCUGCAGCACAUGCACACGACAAGGCUUUCACCAGCGCUGUUCCAGGUCGUACCCCCUCAGUUGGCCGUACAGACUCAUGUUAGUGGACAUGUGUGGUUACAUUCCAGCAAAGAGCGCAGAACUUUCCACAGGAAAUUUGCUGAAUGCCGACCAUGCCGACGAAAACCUUGAAAUAAUAAACCAAUAAGAGAUGCUUGUGAGUCGGGCUUAACCGCUGCUUACUUACCAGCGCUGAUCAAAAGCUUCAUGUGUCAUUAAGAGAAAUAUGUUGUGUUGCCUUAACCUUUAGUCCCGCUAACAUGCCUUAGAGGAGCACUAUGUGGCAUUUUGUAAACAUCUGAGGAGCUGAACAUGGUGGCUAAAAAAAAAAAAAACAAGUUAUGUAAGAAAUAGAUGUGUUCAGAUUUGCUGUCCCUCAUGCACAGCAUGUUCCUUGUGAAUUUCAUGUGUAGACAGUUUUAGACCAGAAGAGUUAUGACAGUGCUGCUGCUUCCACUGAAUGAAAUUAGUGUUUAAGGGCCUUUAGCAGAAAGAAUAUGAAAGAAUAGAUUCAUCACUGUCACGGACACAGUAGAAGCUUGUUCUCUUUCAUUUAUACGUAUGACAAAGAUACAGUCUGUCUUUCAUGUAAUAAACCUCAUGUUUAUGGACCAGUU